GUUAAUAUUUAACUUUCACUUUCACUCUCUAGCAGAACUAUCUCUGAAUUUUGAACACUGAGCAGAUCACAAACAUAUUCAAGCAGCUAUUUUACAACCAAGUCUCUUGUCUGUGUGAGCUUGUUGCUGCCAAAGGACUUUUGACCAGUUAUCAAAUCCAAGGCUUGAAUUACUUCUUACAAUCGUGUCCUGACACACCAGAGAAACCAGGAAACAUCUGUUCCUCCCUGAAGAGACGCAGGCUGAAAACCAGACGAUCACAUUCACCUUCCAAACCAAACUAAACCAAACGUCCUGAGUGAGUCCAGCUACAGGAGAGAAGAGUCAAACUACAACCUGCCGACGCUCCACACACUGACCCUUCACCUGGAGACUCAAUGGCUUCCAGAUUAGAAGAGGACCUCUGCUGUCCCGUCUGCCAAGAUGUCUUCAGAGAUCCUGUCAUUCUGUCAUGUAGCCACAGCUUCUGUAAAGACUGUGUGAAGAGCUGGUGGAAAGACAAAGUAGUAAAGGAGUGUCCACUUUGUAAGAGAAGAUCUUCAAGGUCAGAACCACCUGGUAACCUGGCGUUAAAGAACCUGUGUGAGACCUUCUUACAGGAGAGAGAUCAGAGCUCUUCACAGGCUCUCUGCAGUCAGCACCCAGAGAAACUCAGACUCUUCUAUCUGGACCAUCAGCAGCCAGUGUGUCUCGUCUGCAGAGAUUCAGAAAAACACACCGACCACAGAUUCAGACCCAUCGAUGAAGCUGCACAACAACACAAGAAGCAGCUUCAGGAAACUCUGGAGCCCUUGAAGGAGAAGUUACAGUGUUUUGAACGUGUUAAAGUAGAGUUUGAACAAACAGCAGAACACAUUAAGGUCCAGGCCGGACUCACAGAGACGCAGAUCAAGGAGCAGUUUAAAAAGCUUCAUCAGUCUCUGGAGGAGGAAGAGGAGGCCAGGAUGGCUGCACUGAGGGAGGAAGAGGAGCAGAAGAGUUGGAUGAUGAAGGAGAAGAUUGAGGCUCUGAGCAGAGACAUAACGGCUCUUUCAGACACAAUCAGAACCACAGAGGACGAGCUGAGAGCUGAAGACGUCCCCUUCCUGCUCAACUACAAGGCUGCAGUGGAACGAGUCCUGCAGCGCCCCCUGCUGGAUGAUCCACAGCUGGACUCAGGAGCUCUGAUAGACGAGGCCAAACAUCUGGGCAACCUGAGCUUCAACAUCUGGAACAAGAUGAAGGACAUGGUCUCCUACAGUCCUGUGGUUCUGGACCCAAACUCUGCUCAUCCAUGGCUCGUCCUGUCUGAAGAUCUGACCAGUUUGAGACAAGGAGAGAAACGGAAGCUUCCUGACAAUCCAGAGAGGUUUGAUUAUUACUUCUCAGUCCUUGGAUCUGAGGGUUUUAACUCAGGGACUCACAGCUGGGACGUCCUGGUUGGAGACAGUGCAAGCUGGACAGUGGGUGUGACAGCAGAGUCUGUCCAGAGGAAGGGAGACGAACAGUCUGAAUUAUGGGAAAUAUUGUUCGAUGAAGGUGAAUACUCAGCAUGGUCACCAUCAGGAUCAUCUGUUCUCUCUGUGCAGAAGAUCCAGAGGAUCAGAGUGAAACUGGACUGGAACACAGGAGAACUGUCGUUCUCUGAUCCUGAUGCUAACACACACAUUCACACCUUCACACACACUUUCACUCAGAAGAUGUUUCCAUACUUUAACACUGGAGAUCAUCACCCAGUGAAGCUGUUACCUGUGAAUGUCUAUGUGACGCUGGAUCAGAGCAGUUAGAGAUAAAGAUUGUAUUCAUCAUGUUUAUUUCUUCAAGAGUUAUUGAUAAUUU